AGGGGGUGCCGGGGCCACGCAGCCUAGGCGGCGGCGGUCACCGCGUCUUCUCCAACCCUGCCGGACAUCAUGCCACAAGAGGAGUGAAUUCUUCCUCCUUUUCACAAUGGAGGACUCAGGAAAGACUUUCAGCUCCGAAGAAGAAGAAGCCAACUACUGGAAAGAUCUAGCAAUGACCUACAAGCAGAGGGCAGAGAAUACACAGGAAGAACUCCGAGAAUUCCAGGAGGGAAGCCGAGAAUAUGAAGCUGAAUUAGAGACACAGCUGCAACAAAUUGAAACCAGAAACCGGGACCUCUUGUCAGAGAAUAACCGCCUUCGCAUGGAACUGGAAACUAUCAAGGAGAAAUUUGAAAUGCAACAUUCUGAAGGCUACCGGCAGAUCUCAGCUUUGGAAGAUGACCUGGCACAGACGAAAGCAAUUAAAGAUCAACUGCAGAAAUAUAUCAGGGAGCUGGAGCAAGCAAAUGAUGACUUGGAAAGAGCCAAACGAGCCACGAUCAUGUCUCUGGAAGACUUUGAACAGCGCUUGAAUCAAGCCAUUGAAAGAAAUGCCUUUCUGGAAAGUGAACUUGAUGAGAAGGAAAACCUCCUGGAGUCUGUUCAGCGACUAAAGGAUGAAGCCAGAGAUUUGCGGCAAGAAUUGGCUGUACAACAGAAGCAGGAGAAGCCCAGGACCCCCAUGCCCAGCGCAGCAGAAGCUGAAAGGACAGACACAGCUGUGCAGGCCACAGGUUCUGUACCGUCCACUCCUAUCACUCAUCGAGGACUCAGCUCUGGAUUAAACACUCCGGGAACAUUCAGGCGUGGUCCAGACAACUCCACCAGUGGGACCCCUCUCACGCCUGCGGCCCGGAUUUCAGCUCUCAACAUUGUGGGGGACUUGCUGCGGAAAGUUGGGGCGCUGGAGUCCAAACUUGCAUCCUGCCGAAACUUUGUGUAUGAUCAGUCCCCAAACCGGACAAGUGGCCCGGCCUCAGGACGGGGGAGCAAAAACAGAGAUGGCGGCGGCGACAGAAGGACAAGCAGCAAUGGUGUGCCUCUG